AGUCUUCACUUUCAUUUCUCUCCUGGUUCACCAGAGAUCAGACUUAGAGACUGAAUCCUCAGGAUGUUUACUCUGGCCUCCAUUCGCUCCUGUCCACAGGUUCAGGAUCUCUUGGUUGGUGCCUGAAGGUGUGAGAGCAAUUUAGAGGGCAGAGUUUGGAGGAAUUGAAAAGAAAACACCAUUCCUUUGGUACCUGAGCAUAAGUGUCAGAAGUCAGGACAGACAGACAGACAGGAUCACAGCAAGAAUGACCUCAUCAGUCCUGGGGAUGAUCAAGGAGGAGGUGACCUGUUCUAUCUGCCUUGACCUGAUGGUGGAACCUGUGAAUGUGGAUUGUGGUCACAGCUUCUGCCGAGCCUGCAUCACACGGAACUAUGAGUCCAGCAAAGGCAAAGAAGAGGAGGGCAUCUGCCCUGUGUGCCGACUUUGUUACCUGUUUGGGAAUCUGAGGCCUAAUCGACAUGUGGCCAGCAUAGUGGAGAGGCUAACAGGGUUCAAGUCCAGCCCAGAGGAGGAGCAGAAGGUGAAUAUCUGUGCACAACAUGGAGAAAAACUCCAGCUCUUUUGUGAGAACGACAUGGUGGCCAUCUGCUGGCUUUGUGAGCGAUCUCAGGAACACCGUGGUCACCGAACAGAUCUCAUUGAAGAGGUGGCCCAUGAGUACAAGGAGAAGCUCCAGGCAGCUCUGCAGGAACAGAUGGCAAAAGAGAAAAGAUGUGAUGAGUGGGAAAAUGAUCUUCAAGAGGAGAGAACUUUCUGGAAGAACCAAAUACAGGGUGAUGUAGAAAAAGUUCAGAUGGAGUUUAAAGGACUUCAGGAAUUCCUGAACUCCAAGGAGAAGAAUGAGGUGCAGAAGCUGAAGCAGGAGGAGGAAGACAUUAUGAACAGCCUGGCAGAGUCUCAAAGUGAGCUGGUGAAGCAGAGGGAGUCAGUGAGAGCCCUCAUCUCAGAUCUGGAGCAUCAGUUGCAGUGCUCAACCAUGGAAAUGCUGCAGGGUGUGAAUUCUGUCCUUAAAAGGAGUCAGACCUUAAUACUGAAACAACCUGAAAUGAUCCCAAGAAAACAGAGAAGGAUCUUCCGAGCUCCAGAUCUGAAAGGCAUGCUGCAAGUGUUUCAAGGGCUCAUGGAUGCUCAACAAUACUGGGUUCAUGUGACCCUGAAUCAAGUCCACAAUGAAAACAUUGCUGUUAAUGAGGACAAACGACAAAUACAACAUCGAAAUAAUUCUAGAAGAAAUUUGCAAAUUUCUGAGACCUAUGGUUUGGGUGUCCUGGGAUACCCAGCUUUGCACUCAGGGAAACAUUACUGGGAAGUGGAUGUGUCUAGAAAUGAUGCCUGGCUCCUGGGAUUAAAUGAUGGAAAAUGUGCUCAACCCCAACUUUGUGCACUGAAUGAAAGUGGCAUCAAAGUUCAAUAUAAUUUUAAUGUUAAACAACAUGUACUUCGUCAGCCUACAUUUACCUUUGGCUCUCAAAGCUACUUUGAUUUUAAUUUUAAACAUGAUUAUCAGCCUACAUAUGCAGUUAAAGAUAAUUCUAAUGUGAAACAGCAUGUAAAUUAUCAACCUAAAUAUGGCUACUGGGUUAUAGGGAUGAAGAAUGGGUCUAUAUAUAAUGCCUUUGAAGAGUGUUCUGACACUCACAAUGCCAGUGUCUUGGUCCUCUCUCUGACUCGUCGUCCCAGUCGUGUUGGAGUUUUCCUGGACAGAGAAGCUUGUACUCUCUCAUUUUUUGAUGUUUCCAACCAUGGAGCUCUCAUCUAUAGAUUCUGUGAACCUUCCUUCCCUGAUGAAGUCUAUCCAUAUUUUAAUCCUAUGUCAUGUUCAGAGCCAAUGACAGUAUGUGGGCCACCCUCCUAAACCUCACCCAUAUCUGCACAGUGCCCCAUGUCUGAUGUAUCUCAUAUGCCUGAGCUCCCUGGCAUCAUCAUAACUGUUUCUGCCUUUGCCCUUUCCCUUUUAAUAAACUUCAGUUCUCAAUACAAACCA